CGACUGUGAUGUUGCUAGGCAGAGAAUGAUAGUUUCUUAUGCGUUGGAUGGAUUUCGUGGCGCGAGUGCACGGAGCACCGUCGUCCUUUCGACGUCCACAUCUCGCAUAGCUCGCUUCGAACACUUCAUCAGCAUCCAUCCGUACCAUUGGCAUGAUGACCUAAUGAAAUUAUAUCUCAUCCGCCAUGGCGAGACUGUCGACAACGUAGCCGGCCUUUUCGCGGGUGUGCGCGAUUCGGCGCUUACCAACUAUGGAGUUGAUCAAGCACGCUGUCUAGGGGAGCAUUUCUCAAAGCGCGGUAUAAAGGUCACCCAUCUGUUCGCGUCGCCGCUACAACGAGCCGUAAAGACAGCCGAGGCGGUCUUGAAGGCGCAAUAUACCCUUCCGGACGUCAACAGCAACGCCGGCACCGCCACAUUGCAGAUUGUGCAGGUUGCUGAGCUCGUCGAGCAGGACUUCGGCUUCUAUGAAGGCAAGCCUGUCUCAUCCCGCCGUCAGUCUGAUAAUAGUAAUCCUGCCUUUGUGGACGCUGAGAGCAAGGAGUCUCUGGCUAAGCGUGCAGAUGCCUUUCUGGACCAGCAUCUUGUACCGCUGAUAAACCGGCACGAGCGAAACGCUGCAGCUAGCGGACUGCAUGUGGUUGUGGUGUCUCAUGGCAUAUUCCUAUCACAUCUCUGGCGAAGAUUACUGGUACGACUACCGAAGAAAAGCUUGACCGUGGCACCGGAGGUUACUGCGGCACGGGGCAAUCUCAUUCUUGAGCACCUCGGAGGCUGGAGCAAUACCGGCUAUCUGGAGCUCGCUCUCACCAGGGAUGAUAUGGAAGAGACCUCUAGAAAAGCUUCUGCAGGAGAAGCAGCGCCACUGCCGCAGGGCCUAGCAGAGGAUUUGGCCUUGCCCACACCGGAACCUCCGGUACAGGGCGCUGACGCUGUAGUACCCCUCAAUAUCCUCAAGCCCAAGUCUAGCGACGCAUCACCGAUGACGGCCGUGCGCAUUCUGCGUGGCUGGUCAACCGCAAUCCUCGCCGUUGACAACAAGCAGCACCUUGUUGGCCUGAAAAGGCAGCGAGGUGGCAUUGGCCGGCUCGCACACGAUGCCGGACAGAAGAAGCUAGAUGCUUUCUUUAAGCGCCAGAAGCCCGGCUGAGGUGGCCGCGAUCUGUCGUCUGUAUGUGAGGAUCCCACCAUCGAGCGAGGUAUCACCGGAUCAUCUGUAAGCACUCCUUCCAGCGCAUCAAUCCACAUCCUUAAGAUGAUGAUACAUCAAUAACUCACAGACCUGUACCGAACUUUCCAUGUAGAGUCACUAUUGUCCAACUGCUGUCUGACGAAGCACUUUCCGCCGUCUCACUACAAUCAUUUCACGUAUUAUGAGCCAUCGCUAACAAUUCUUAAUCGCAGAUUUACAGAGUGCGCAGUUGCCUUUACCGGCCUG